GUGUGCAGACUGCUAUCUCCUCGGCCUGUCACAGCCAGCUCGGCUUGAUACGUCUCCCCAUCUUGUGCCCGGACGCUGAAGGCCCUUGUAGACGCGUGGGAGGCGUCGACGCCUGCUUUGCGUGAGUCUCCAGCCUGUAGGCCACUCCCCAGUGACGGGUGUACAUGUAGCGUGAUGAAUUCCCUACAAAAUACUGCGUUUUGUGCUGUGCCUGUGCAAGGAUAUGCGUAGAGCAAGUGCACACGACUUGUCGGUGCACAGUGAUCAGUGAACGGGCGUGUGCGGAGAACAGGCCCGUUCGGAAGAGUUGAGAGGGAGGCGGGGAGAGCCAGGCGCUCGUCUACAUCUGGGACCGUCUCCGCCGCCGACAACUCGUUCGCCUUUGCUGACAUUCCUGCACCGCAUGAUGUCAGCCUAGAAGAAGAGAUCGCCCCUCCCGCCGAAUUAAGACACAGGCGGUUUCUUUAGACUGUCUCGAGGGAGAGCAUCUCGAAACUGCAACUAUUUAUUUGAGAAAAAGUGCAUCCAGUGGCAAGUCACCGGAAAUACUGUAAAGUGUGCGUCUCAGAGCUGAAGCGGUGACUCACUCACACAUGCUGUUUGUGUUGUGUUGACCCGAAAAACACGAUCGCAGCGGCCGGAAGUAGUUCGAGCUUUGUGCCUUCAAGUGUUUUCGAAGUUGCCUCAGAAAAAAUCGCUUGCUUUCUUUGUUUAUGUGUUUGUGUUCUUAGCAGCUAUUGGACGUCGAAGCGCCAUAAAAGGCCGUAUGAUUUAAGGUGUUCCUCUAAAUGCCAAAUCGAUUAACGUCUUAUCAGGAGGCACUGAGAUAAGCAAGGAUUCUUGCACCAAGAUCAUACCCUAUCGUCGGCACUGCUGUAUCUUCGGGCCGUUUCAACUGGGCCUUCUGUAUCCAAGAUUUUUCGGAGCCUGGAUGUUCGGGAAGCCCAAGAGCGCGACAGCAGGAUAAAUGAGUGAGCGAUAGUCAUAACCGCAGAGGGACGGUGUAGUGGGGUGCCGUGAGCGUGGUGUGCAAGAGAGGAGCGUGAGCUGCGUGCAGGAUGGCCACCAUUGACGGACGACCGGCGCAGUAUGGCGUCACGCUCAAGCAACUGCGCGAGCUCAUGGAGCUGCGUGGUGGGGAGGGCAUAGAGCGCUUGGAUAGUGAGUUCGGCGGCAUCCUCGAGCUUACCAAGAAGCUCUACUCCUCUCCCACCAAUGGGUUGAGCGGGAAUGCCAGUGACAUGGAGCACCGACGACAAACCUUCGGCUCCAAUGUCAUACCACCAAAGCCUCCAAAAACAUUCCUCACCUUGGUGUGGGAGGCGCUACAAGAUGUAACUCUUAUUAUCCUUCAGGUGGCUGCUGUGGUGUCCUUAGGUCUCUCCUUUUACAAACCCCCUGCAGAAAGUUCAUCAGGUCCACAAGUUGGUCAACACGAUGAGGGAGAGGAAGAAGCAGGAUGGAUCGAGGGAGUGGCCAUUCUUAUAUCUGUGGCAGUAGUUGUUUUUGUCACAGCCUUUAAUGACUACACAAAAGAAAAACAGUUUCGAGGUCUACAAAGCCGCAUUGAGGGCGAGCACAAAUUCUCUGUUAUUCGAGGAGGAGAAGUCCAUGAUAUUGGAGUGGGAGAUAUUGUCGUUGGUGAUAUUUGCCAAAUCAAAUAUGGUGACUUGUUACCUACAGAUGGAAUCUUGAUACAAAGCAAUGACCUAAAGAUUGAUGAGUCCUCGCUAACUGGAGAGUCAGACCAUGUAAAGAAGGGGGCUGACACAGAUCCUAUGGUGCUCUCAGGGACACAUGUAAUGGAGGGCAGUGGAAAAAUGCUGGUGACUGCAGUAGGUGUAAAUUCUCAAGCUGGCAUUAUCUUUACACUUUUGGGUGCUGCUGCAGAUGAAGAAGAAGUUGAAGCUAAGAAGAGGAAAAAAGAGGCCAAAAAGCAGCGGAAAAAGCAGAAGAAGGGCGACUCAGGAGAAGAGUUGAUUGUCGCCAAUCCUAACAAGCAAGGAGAAGGUGAGGCCGGAGCCGUGACGGGUAACUCUCACCACGCAACAGCAAACUCUGCCAACGCUGACGGUGAUGUGAGAAACAACAAACAUUCAAAGGAAGAGGAGGAAGGAGAAGAAGGUGCAGCCUCUGGGGGUGGAGGACACGAUAAGUCUGUCCUGCAGGCCAAGCUGACCAAGUUGGCCAUUCAGAUAGGUUAUGCUGGUUCAUUCAUCGCUGUGCUCACUGUUGUGAUUCUAAUAGUCCGUUUCUGCGUACAAACCUUUGUUUUGGAAGGCAAACCUUGGGACACAUUUUAUGCAAACCAUUUUGUCAAGUUCUUCAUCAUUGGUGUAACUGUGUUGGUGGUGGCUGUGCCUGAGGGUCUUCCCCUUGCUGUUACACUGUCUUUGGCUUACUCUGUAAAGAAAAUGAUGAAAGAUAACAACUUGGUGCGACAUUUGGAUGCUUGUGAAACUAUGGGUAAUGCAACAGCUAUUUGUUCUGACAAAACUGGAACCCUCACCACUAACCGCAUGACAGUUGUUCAGUCAUUCAUCUGUAGUGAAGAUCAUAAGACUACUCCAAAGUUUGAGUCAUUACCACAUACAGUGGGCGAACUCUUGGUGAACUCCAUUAGCAUCAACUCUGCCUAUACAUCCCGUGUUUUGCCAGGCGACAACCCAGGAGAUCUCCCAAAGCAGGUUGGCAACAAAACAGAAUGUGCACUGUUAGGCUUUGUUUUGGAUCUUGGAAAAAGUUACCAGGUUAUUCGAGAUGAAGUCACUGAAGAAAACUUUCAUCGUGUAUACACCUUCAAUUCAGUACGAAAAUCUAUGUCAACGGUGGUGCCUCGCAAUGGAGGCUACCGCAUUUAUACUAAAGGUGCCUCUGAAAUUGUCAUGAAAAAAUGCUCCUUCAUCCAUGGCAAAGAUGGCAGAUUAGAGAACUUCUCAAGGUCAAUGCAGGAACGUCUUGUAAGAGAAGUAAUUGAGCCUAUGGCAUGUAAUGGUCUUCGCACAAUCUCAGUUGCAUAUAGAGACUUUGUCACAGGGAAAGCUGAAAUUAACCAAGUGCAUUUUGACUCAGAGCCUAAUUGGGAUGAUGAGGAUAACAUCAUCAGCAACAUGACCUGUAUCUGUAUAGUGGGCAUUGAGGAUCCUGUGCGACCUGAAGUGCCUGAUGCCAUUCGAAAGUGCCAGCGGGCAGGCAUCACAGUGCGAAUGGUCACUGGAGACAAUAUCAACACUGCCCGCUCCAUUGCUAGCAAAUGUGGAAUUCUUAGACCUGGGGACAAUAGUCUCAUUCUAGAGGGGAAAGAGUUUAAUAGGAGAGUAAGAGAUGCAUCAGGAAAGAUUCAACAACAUUUAAUCGACAAAGUCUGGCCAAGCCUGCGUGUCUUGGCUCGUUCCUCUCCUACGGACAAGUAUACCCUGGUCAGAGGUAUCAUUGAGAGUAAAGUGAGCGCUAAUAGAGAGGUAGUGGCUGUCACUGGGGAUGGAACAAAUGAUGGCCCUGCUCUCAAAAUAGCUGAUGUUGGCUUUGCUAUGGGCAUUGCUGGUACUGAUGUUGCCAAAGAGGCAUCAGACAUUAUUCUCACUGACGACAAUUUUACUUCAAUCGUCAAAGCUGUCAUGUGGGGAAGGAAUGUGUACGAUUCCAUUGCAAAAUUUCUGCAGUUCCAGUUGACAGUAAAUGUUGUUGCUGUCGUUGUGGCUUUUGUUGGUGCCUGUGCCAUUAAUGAUAGUCCUCUCAAGGCUGUACAAAUGUUGUGGGUGAACCUUAUCAUGGAUACCUUGGCUUCCUUGGCACUUGCAACAGAAGCUCCCACACCCGACCUCCUGCUACGAAAGCCAUAUGGGCGCACUAAGCCUCUCAUCUCUCGCACCAUGAUGAAGAAUAUCCUUGGUCAAGCCAUGUACAUGAUUUGUGUUAUAUUUGUUUUGUUAUUUUAUGGUGAUAAGUUGUUAGACAUUGACUCUGGUCGUUAUGCUGACAUCCGUGACCCACCAUCCCAGCACUUCACCAUUAUCUUCAACACUUUCGUCAUGAUGACUCUCUUCAACGAAAUCAAUGCACGGAAAAUUCACGGACAGCGCAAUGUGUUCCAGGGUUUCUUUACUAAUCCCAUUUUCUACAGCAUCUGGCUUAGUACACUAGCUAGUCAGAUUGUGAUAGUACAGUUUGGUGGUAUGGCAUUUUCAACGCAAGCCCUGUCACUGGAGCUGUGGUUAUGGUGUCUGCUCUUUGGAUGCGGAGUGCUACUCUGGGGACAGGUUGUCACCUCCAUCCCAACCAAAAAGCUACCUAAGAAUGUAUUCUCGUAUGGAUCUGGGGAGCCUAUAAAUGAUCCUAUUGCUGAUCUGGCCAGUGAAGACAAGCUGGAUUCGGACGGAAAGGACAGCAAGCGGACGGGUCAGAUUUUGUGGAUCCGUGGCUUGACCCGACUCCAGACUCAGGUCAUUGGAGGCACGUUGCAGGAGCGGCUGAUACCCGUACCGUAUAGCAAGACCUCCACAGACCAGGCUAUUCGAGUAGUUAAUGCGUUUCGGCAGGGGCUUGAUGCACGGCCUUCCAACCCAAACCUGGCGGCAGUGCUGAAGAAGCAGACGUCCCUGAGCAAACGGUUGUCCCAGGGGUCUUCACUGGAGUAUGCCGACAUGUGUCCGGAUCCAGAAGAAUUAACAGUGCCAGAGAUCGACGUUGAGCGUUUAUCCUCACACAGUCACACCGAGACUGCUGUGUAGGCCCUAGUGUAGGCCCCCAUGCCGCUUUCUCAGGGCCAACUGCACCUCCAGCAGCAGUAGCAGCACUGGCAGCAACAGUAGUGUGAUCAGCAGCAGCAGCAGCAGCAGCAACAGCCAUUAGCCACUACCGUAGUAGCUAGCGGGUGCCACCUGUGGUGUGGUGCCUAGGUGCUGGGCUCCGUCGCGACUGACAAUGACUGACUGCGAUAAUCAGGGUGGCUCGGGCGGGCUAAGGCGGUGACAGUUCAUGUUUGGGAGAGAGAGAGAGAAAAAAAACUGUGGGUGCUGUGCACACCUGUUAUUGGUGGCGGUGGGCUGCCUGGGCUCCCGUGAGUUGUCUUCCUGGGGGCCUGCUGUCCUGCAUCUACCCAGCCUGAACACACCCCUUAAGGGGCAUGCCCAACUGUCCCUCCGCCUGUGCCCACCUCUGGUGCACACCCACACUCACUGGUGUAAGCCAAGGACUCACUUUAACAGUGUGCCGCCGCGCCCGUUGUUUCAUCAUGUCCUACUGUUAAUAGUCUUGUGUAUAGUAAGGGUUGUUAUUGCAUAGUCUACCAAUUAUAGAUAUGGUAAAGGGUUUUUGCCAGAGGGUUAGAUCUGUUGAACAAUACUAAGGACAAAUUACCAUUAUACCUGUAGUCAAAGGACGUUUUAAAACUCUCUAAAGAAGUUGUGGAAACUUGUAUAUUCAUGAAUGUUCUUGGUUCUUGUUUUCUAAAACCAUGUUGGCUGUUCCUGAUACUAGAGUCUAUACAUCUCUGUUUUGUUUAUGUUUGGCAGUAUUGUUUUGUCCAUUUGCUGUGUAUGGAAGAUGAGACCUAGGUUGUAUGACUGGUGGUACCUCUUAGCUUAAGUGGUAUGAUCGUUGCAUUGCUACAAGUUGUGUGGUGGAGCCAGCCUUGUUAUGAGCCCGGCUUCACAACACAACCACUACUGAUGUCUAGGUUUAAUCAGACAUCUUUGCAUUUAAUACUAAUAAUCCUAACAUCAUGGGGGUCGUUUUUAUGGAGCAAUAGUUGUUUUGAAGUAUAUAUAAUAGUGAUGAUGCUUGUCAAUAAUUCAAUCACUGAAGGUAAUUGUCAUGUUAUGUAAUUAACAAUAUUACAAAUGAACUGGUGCACGGUUGUUCACGACCUUAUCACCUGUUAUAAUGUUGGCUAGCCAAUGGAACCAAUUUUAUUUGUUGUGCCCAUGUGAGGAGCACUCCAGAGGCCUGCAAUUGUGUACGGCCACCCUGGGAGUAAGCCCUAGGACUUUUUCAUGCCCCUGCAAGCACUAAGUACUGACCUUGGAUAUUUCCUUGGAUCUAGCUUCAGUGCUCUUGUUAAAAAAUAUGGAAACCCAUAGGGGAGCUUGACUUUACCCAUGGAAAUAUGGCAUUUAAACUUGCCAGUCAACAUCCCCGACCCCACUAAUCCCACCACCUGCUCUUAUCCCCCCUAAUCCCCCUCCGCCUCUGUCUUUCCUCCCCUCUCCAUUCUCCAUCACCAUUCCCAGAAUCCCCUUCCCCUGACUAUCACAUUUCACCACUCCAGGUUGACUCGAUGUCUGUUUGCGUGGUCUGCCCUCUACCAUCCUGUUCUUAGGUGUGGCAAAUAUGCAUUAGUUUUAAGUCAGUUCUCUGGGCUGUUCACCAAACCAUUACACAUAACAAAUUGUAGUCAAUAGCGAACAGUUAUUUCAUUCUUUUCCGUAGAGAAAGUGAAGGAUUUUCUAAAUACUGAAAUGUUGUAAAUCCAAUAAAUGUUAAUGUAAAAUGGUAGAGAUAACCAAGAUAAACCUUCUGUAAAUCUUCAGUAAAUCUUCAGUCAUUUUGUGAUGCUCGUCUCUUGACAUGUCAGCCACGACACUCCUUAACCUUAUGUUUGUCAACUAAUUCUAGGACUGAGGAAGUCUAAGAUCACUGGAAGUUUGAUAAGAAAAAGGCCUUGUACUUCUUCUCUUUGUCCAUUAUCUGAUGUGUGUGUGUGUGGGUCCAUGGAUGGUUUGUGCAGUGUGGAGCUGCGAGGCCCAACAUGACUCCCGAGAAGCAAAGGAUAUGAGUCUGGCUUCCGUUGUGAUGAUGCUCUGUCACCAACCAUGCACUCGAACGCGCGUAGUACUUUAGAUUUUUCGUGGAUAUAAACAAAUGGCUUCUAUUGUUAAUAGGAAAGAACAUUACUUGUUGCGUUUGUUAACUUUAAAAAUACAGGUUUUCAAGAGU